AUGCAUAUGACAAAGGUCACCGCCAUUCUUGCCUUCGCCGCAAGCCUUGCCGCCGCCGCCCCGGGCGCCAAGCUCGUCGCUCCGGAGAAGCGUCAGACCACCGAGUUUGGGCCGUACCCCGAAGAUAGCUACCAGGGUAAGAGCUCAAAGCGUCAAACCACCGAGUUUGGUCCUUACCCUGAAGACAGCUACCAGGGCAAGGAGAACGGCAAGCGUCAGACGACCGAAUUCGGUCCCUACCCUGAGGAUAACUACCAGGGGAAGGAGAACCAAAGACGCCAGACGACCGAAUUUGGUCCUUACCCCGAGGACAAGUACGAGGGCAAGACGAGGCGUCAGACCACAGAGUUUGGCCCGUACCCAGAGGACAACUACCAGGGCAAGGAAAACCAUAAGCGCCAGACGACCGAAUUUGGCCCCUACCCUGAAGACAAGUACGAGGGCAAGGCAAGGCGACAGACCACGGAGUUCGGUCCCUACCCCGAGGAUAGCUACCAAGGCAAGAGCUCGAAGCGUCAGACCACCGAAUUUGGGCCCUAUCCCGAGGACAAGUAUGAGAGCAGCAGCAGCAUGAAGGAAAAGCGUCAGACCACAGAAUUUGGUCCUUACCCGGAGGACAAGUACGACAACACCAACAAUGUGAAAGAGAAGAAGCGCCAGACCACCGAGUUCGGCCCAUACCCUGAGGACAAGUACGAGUCUACCAACUCCAAGCGCCAGACUACAGAGUUCGGCCCUUACCCGGAGGACAAGUACGAGAGCAACGAUAAGAAGGAGUAGACUUCUCAUCACCUCCACGAGUUUAAGAGAACAGUCUAGAGUCAGAAUGCUAAGCUCACAGUGACGACAGUCAUGAGAAAGAGGGAAAGAAACUAGAAGAGAAAAAAAA